GGCCAUGCCCUACAGUCACUCUACAGAGGGGGGAAAAAGGAGCUUGGGGAGGAGUCCGGGCCACUCCCGCCCCCUGCCCGAUUUGUGCCACCCGCGGAGAUGAAACGUGAGCCCCAGUGGCUGAGGACGCCAGCACUGCUGCCUCCCGCGUGCCCGCGAGCAGUGGGGCGAGACAAAGGGACCUCAGCGCCCAGCCUGCCCGGCGGGGCACAGCACGCCGCAGCUCCGUCCUGUCCCUUGCCGCAGGUCCGGACGCGCUGGGACCAGGCUCUCAUCGAAGACCACCUGGGCCAUGGCCAGGUCUCCGCUCGACCCCGCGCUCGGGAGCACUGCUAUAUCCACCUGACCGCCCUCCAGCUUCUCCAUUCCCUCGCUGUUCUGGCCGGUUUCUUCGCGCCUGUCCAUUCUCCAAUCUGUCCGUCUGUCCUGGUGCACAACCGCCGGCCACCGGCUUGGAUGGGCGCGCCGAGGCGGCCCGGGAGUCCGGCAGUCUUGCUGUCGAAGUUGUUCUUGAUCUUUGUCUACGCAGAUGACUGUGUUGCCCAGUGUGGCAAAGACUGCAGCUCUUACUGCUGUGAUGGAGCCACGCCCUACUGCUGCUCUUACUACGCCUACAUCGGGAACAUUCUCUCGGGCACUGCGAUUGCUGGCAUUGUGUUUGGGAUCGUGUUUAUCAUGGGGGUCAUUGCUGGGAUUGCCAUCUGCAUCUGCAUGUGCAUGAAAAACAACCGGGGACCCCGGGUGGGGGUCAUCAGAACCACUCAUAUCAAUGCCAUCUCCUCCUAUCCUGUGGCACCUCCACCCUAUAGUUACGACCACGAGAUGGAACAUUGUGCAGACCUGCCUCCUCCGUACUCCCCAACCCCACAGGUUUCAGCACAGCGUUCGCCACCCCCUCCUUACCCUGGAAAUUCAAGGAAGUAAUCCUUCUCUCACAACAGAAUACGGACCAGUCCAUGCUCUUGUCUGGAAUAAAACGCCUCAGCUCAGAAACAGGCAGGAAAGGAUUGUUCUGCAGAGUACUCUUUGGGGUGAGAGCAGCAUGUCAGGUGGAAUGUUCACACUGACAGGUGUAGGGUCCUGACCUGCUCAGAGCUGCCUUAUCCAGAGUAUCAUUUGUUUCUAAAGGACCACAUUUUAGGGAAUUACUGAUCCAUGUAAGCACAUUCAAAGAAGAGACAUGAGAUUCACAAAGCACGUCAUAAUUACAUUUAAGGACUAGAUGAAGGAAUUUCAAUACUGAUCUUACAAAGGAAAAGACGUAAGUAAAACAGAAUAGCCUGGCCUACAUAAGGAACCAACCUUAUGUAGCUUUACAAGUCAGAACUAGAAUUAUUCUUUCACUCAUUGAUAAAUGCAUAUUGAGUGCCUGAGAACUCACUGUGUGCCUGGCAUUGAGGCACUAGAUGGAUGUUACAGAAGGAAACUUGGCUUUCAGUAGAAGAGCAAUUGGAGUUUUCUUACUAACUAGGUUGCAUAGUGAAGCUCUCUGUUACAAGACUUCACACAGAACCUGGCUGACUAUCUGAUAGAGAAAUGCUCUAGAGGGACUUCCAAAUUAAAUAGUAGAUGGCUUGAUCGGGCCUCAAAAUUUCUACUCGUGUUUUCAGUAGAUGGGAAGUGAACCUCUCUGUCUCCUAAAGUGAAAAUAACAGGAAUAGUUAAAUCAUGUUUCUAAUUAGAGAGUAAGAGCAGGACCAAAGGACUUGACAGCUUUUUGAAGGAAGGAACUCUUCAAUACUAGCCACCCAGAAAUCAUCUGCCUUUACUUAGUGAAUCAGGACCAAAGUUAAAUUUCCACAGGCAACAAAUACUUCACUUCAGAGUAAAAGAUGAGAAGUCACAUAUUUCUGAGAGAUUUCAGGUUAGGGUGCAAACUCUCAGACUUUGACCAUGAAGAUAGAUCAGAGGCUUACAAAAGAAGCCAUGGAAAAAAUAAAGCUCGGAUUCCCUUCCAUGGAAUUUCAUUCAAAUGUAGCUUAGACAAUUUUUUUUGUCUCUUAAUAAAAUUUUAAUAAUCUACUAUCUUAAGAAAUAUAUAUAAUUAAUGAAAAAGAUUAAGAUACUGACAUCAAAUUGUUGCCUUAUAUCAAAAUACAAAGUUUAUGAAUGAAGUGCCUACCUUUAGAAGUAAAGACAUUGAAUAAAUAUAAUGUGCCAUAUUUUGCUGCCAGCGACUGUACCAUUUAUAUUUUUAUGUGUCCUUUUGUGUAUUUAAAAUGUAUAUAUGGUCUGGCUUUGAAGCCUAAUGAUUAAGGGAACAGAAUCCUCUAUGUCCAGCCUCAGUUUAAAUUCUGGCCCUGGUGGCCUGGAAAACAUGCUAGGCAUGUGUGUAUGCAUGUCCAAAAUCCCAAAAGGAGAA